AUUCUAUUUUUCCUAUUUGGGACUUCAAGAUGGGUUUCCAGUCCUUACACCCAGAUUGGUAUGUUACACCAAUGCCAGUACCUAGGGCUACAGGGCCAGAGUGCGGAAAGCAGUACCCCAACUUCACAGGAUAUGGUUGA